AUGGCCUCACCACUAACAGACAAGGCCAACGAUGUCGCAAAGGAGCCUCUACCCACUGGCUGCAACCCGUUAAACGCCAACCCAGGCGAACUGUUGAGCAAACGCAGUCCAGCAGAUACUGAAGCAGGGGAAGAGCCAAAGAAGAAAGAAGAGAGGGAUUCAAGUCUGAAGAUUAAGAUCGAACUCGAUCUUGAUGUGGAAAUUCAUCUAACAGCGAGGACCAAAGGUGAUAUUACUAUUGGGUUGUUGUAG